AUGGCAGACAACACUGUAAAAGUUCACGGAGUCAUUCUUUCGCCUCCUGUUAGGGCUGUCCUCAUAUUUUGUCAACUUCAUAGCAUUCCUAUCGAAUUCCUUGAUGUUGAUAUGGCCCACGGUGCUCAUAAGUCUCCAGAAUAUUUACUCCCUCGAUUAAUUCGAUUUUAUUUUUUCCUAUUUGAAAGUUUUUCUUUUUUAAGAAUUUAUUAUAAGGCUAAAUUUAAUAUAAUUUCAGAGCUAUAAAAGGUAAUUGAGUAUAAUUUAUAGGAUUUGCUCAUUACUAAAUCUUUGGGUUAGCAAUUAAUCCUUACGGCUUGGUUCCUGCCAUUACUCAUGGAGACUUCCAUUUGGGUGAGAGUGGAGCAAUUGUCUACUAUAGAAGUUUCCUAUGUUUGGCGCUGUAAGGCCGAUAAAUUCUGAUCGGAAUUUAUCGGUUGGUUGCACCAAAUCAAUGCCUUGGUCGGACCAAAAAGCGAUUUGGUCCGACGAACUUGGAAAGCUCCUGGAAAAAUGUCUGCGCUUUCAGCGCUAUAUAGAGGAAACCUCUAUAUUUAGCUGAAGCUUUUCACAUAGACAGCCAAUGGUUCCCUGCAGACCUCCAACAGAAAGCUAAAAUCAACUCAUCACUCCAUUGGCAUCAUACCAAUACUGUGAAAAAUAUUAUCCCUUAUACCUACAAUAAGGUCAUUGCUCCUAUGUUUUUGGGAAAACCUCCAGUUACUCCUGAGUUUGAAGCUGAGCUUAUUGCAAAUGCACGCACAUUCCUUAAAUCCCUUGACGAUUUAUUCGCGACUGGGGUUUACAUUGCAAGAACCGCUCACCCAACUUACGCAGAUGCUCUAUUGUAUUGCUUUGUCAGUCACUUGGAAUUGGUUUCGUUUGAUUUCAUAUACAUUAAAAUGGCGAUGGCGAACCAACCCUUUUUCUUAACACCUGUAGCCGCAAGCCCGAAAGGCAGCGGGGACCUUGUGGAAGGGAAAUUGGCGCUCGGUGAAGUAUAUCCGGCUAGUUUUUUACUUGGCGCAGUCUAGCGCAACGUCGAAAUAGGCCUACCACAGCUCAUUCUGGUACCAGGUUUUUUACCUCAGAACAAGAUGGUGUUCAAGGUUGGGAAGGGGAAGCUCAGCAAAGCCAAACACUCCACUUGGUCCAGCGGGCAACUCCCUAGCGUGAAACUGGGCGCUACGUCCCAGGCUUUGGAUUUCAUUUUGGCCGACAGUCCUACCAGAACAUUCACUUUUUGAAUUUUCGAAAUCGGCAACUCUGUUGACGUACUGCAAGCUGGCGCAACUCAUCCAGACUACGGGUAGCGAGUGCACAUCCUCGUCCUGCAGGAGAAACUCUUUGAAGGUCGCGAUACGAAUGGUGGUGAGUAACCGAGAGAAGCGCUAAGGGUGGAGGCAGUACAGCGAAGUUUUCUAUAUAUUAAUUAAGUGUAAGUGUAAGGCUUCGUUUGAUUCAGUGCUUAUCCAGCCCUUAAUAGAUGGAGAGAUGAGCUAGGUGCAAUUCAAGCUGUAAGAGAAGUGCAUGAGCCAUUCAGACAAAUCGUAGCACGCAUUGUUCAAAAAUCCCAAGCUCCUCAGCCCUCAGCAUAA